AGCGGGAUGAUGUUGAGAGCAGCCAGCAUCAGCAUGCAGAUGUAGUUCGCUACCUGCACCGGGGUAUCAGUGACGACCCAGGUCACGUGAAAAGCUUCUUCUGGGUGAGUGACGGCAUGGCUCCGCCUGCUCAGCUUCAUGAGGAUGAAGAUGGGCAGCCACGUCCGCGUGGGAAGCAGGACCCCGGGUUCGUAAUGUUUGAUUCCUAUUUUCGAGUUGUAUCCUCAGGCUGGCACGAAAUCAAGAACAUCAGCGCGAUUCUUCUCAACACUGAACAAAGCCUGCUCGAGACUACCUCUACUGCAUCGGAAGCAGCUUCGACUCCUGCCUCUGUAUCCCAGCAACUCGAUGAUGCUCUCUAUCGAGCUUUUGGAGGUUCUACUGCAGCGUCUUCUUCUACUCCAGCGACUAGUAUCGGUGGUAUGAUGAAUUCCGAUGAUGUUGAUGGUGAAGGGCGAAGAAGUGGUAGCGCUACUCGACGCGGUUUCUUGACCCGUCUUUUCGCUGCUGCCAGAAUGCGUGCUUAUCUCAGAACUGACUCUGCGUCCGGAAGUCACAACUGCUCCAGGGGGUUGCCUGAGUCUCGCGCUGAAUCUCGCGGUGGUAGCUCGUGUGAAGAUAGAAACCCAAGUGAUACACUUUUAGACUGGUUUGCGUCUGGUGAUGGUUAUAACAUCUCGAGAAAGGCAGGCGGCGAGUCUGUCAUAGUGGAAAUCGAACUACUGGGAGCCCCCGGGACCAUCGCAGCAGAUCAGGCGCUCAUUAUUAUGUCGGCCGUUAUAAUGAAUGUUAGCUUAUUUUUUAGCUCUUUUUUCUUGGUACCUUCUCCUUUCCUUGUUUGGAAUUUAUUGGCAUUUGUUGGAGGUUCUGUGCUUUAUUUUCCCCGAUGGAUUUCGUUUUUAGAUUGUCUUCAUACAUAGGUGUAGUGGUGUGUCUUUCUUUAUUAUUAUUGCUUUGGAGUUGUCAGUUGUACUUGUAAUAAAUAUAAAUUUAAAGAUAUGUGGCAACCUUAAAGUAAGUAGUCCGAAAGUAAGUAAAGAGAAGCAAGCCGAUAUUCUCUUUACUUAUUUUAUAAUUAGUUACUUGAAGGCUGGCAUAAGAUAAUAACGAUAAUGGCUACAAUCUUACGUCAGUCAAUUCUAGUGCUGCCUGUCUCUUCUAAGACUCUUCGGUUGGAUCCAUUUGGAGGCGUGUCUGUGUGGAGGCGCUAGGUGCACUGUCAAGUAUUGUGAAUGGGAUUGAAGAACAAUUAGAAGAAGAAGAAGAAGAAGAAGAAGAAGAAGAAAGAAGCGGAGGAAGUAGGAGAAGAAGAAGAAGUAGUAGUAGAAGAAGAAGACGGAAAGGAAAAACAAAAAGAGACGAGUAGUAGCACUCUACCUAGACAACUCGCUCACACAGUAAAGAACCAAAUGCAGAAUCGGGAGACAGGGAUGGCAUGCUUGCCAGAAAUAGUGCUGUGAGCAAGAGAAGGAGAAAAGUAAUUGCAUAUAGAUCGGGAAGAUAUAAAUGGAACGUCAACUAGGUCGCCACACGACGAUGGAGCAUGGCUAACUCAAGCAGGCGUCUUGGUCAUAAUAAUUUAAUGAGUGUUGAAUCAAUGGGGAUCUGAUACUCCAU